AACAAUAAUCUUGUUACCGAACUUGCCAGGAUUCUAAAUGUUACCGAAAUUGAUGAAUCUACUUUACAACUUUGCAUAAAGUUGCUAGACUUGGGUAUCGAUCCUGAAACUUUGGCUCUCAAGAUUAAGAGUGUUAAUCAAGAAACACAAACUGCGUUG